AUGGGGAAAGGCGGUGAUUUCUAUGCUGUCGCGCGCGGGAAAUCGGUUGGAAUUUAUAGAAGUUGGGCCGACUGUUCGGAACAAGUUAAGGGAUUUCAAAAUGCCAGGUUCGUCAUUUUUUAUAGAAAUUUUUGAAUAUUGAGUGAAAAAUUUGAUUUAGGAAAUGUAUUCAGAUUCAAAAAAUUCCCGACAGAAAGUGAAGCUAGGAAAUUCAUUGCGGAUAAUUUGAGUGUUCCGGGAGGAGGAGCAUCGACUUCAAAUUUUUCAUCGAAAAAUGUGGCGAAUUCUGGAAGACCUGCAAAAAGAUCGAUUUCGAAAAAUGACGACAGUUUGCGAGAAGUUGAAGAAAAACGAGCGAAAAUUGAGUGAGUUUGGAAUGGAUUUUUUGGAAAACUUCUACUGACUUUUCGUGUUCUAAAUUUUACGUGAUAAAUUUAUUAGUUCAUCACAUUUUUAAUUAUAAAAUAAUUUCCAUAAAUACACCAACAUCUCAGAAUUUUCUCAAUCAAAAAUAAAGUGUUUAGUUUCAAAACUUUUGAUUAUAAAAUGGUCGUUCAAAAAACAAAUCAAAAUAAUUGCUGAAAAAAAUUAUCUUUAAAAUUUUUGAAACGUAUUCCAUCAGGCAAAUCUAUUAUAUUUUUAAGGAUUCAUGUCCAGUAAAUAAAUCAGUUCAAAAAUUGAAAAGUUUUCAAUUAGCAUUUUUUGAAACGUAUUUUCACAGUAAAAUGUUUUCUAUAAAUUCGAAAAUUUCUUUUUAAAAGUGUCCAUCGAAUUUUUUGCAUAAAAAUUACAAUUUGUUUUGAAUUUUAAAUUGUUUGAAACCUAUCUUUCACUUGAUUUUUUUUUCAUAUUUUCAGCCAAACCGAUUUCACAAUAGUUUAUACUGAUGGUGCUUGUUCAAAUAAUGGACGAGAAAAUGCAAAAGCUGGAUGGGGAGUUUAUUGGGGAGAUGAUAAUUUGGAUAAUUCAUAUGGUCCGGUUUAUGGAGAACCAACAAAUAAUCGAGGAGAACUUAUUGCAGUUGAGAAAGCAUUGGAAACUGUGAGUUUUUUUUUUGAGAAUUAAUCAAUAACCUUUAUCGAACAAAAUCCCAGAUUCCUUUUGUUUUUGAAAUAGUGGAAUUUAAAUGAAAAUUUUAAUAUUUUUGACAUGUCAAAACUGUUCAUUACUCGAAAAAAUGUUUUUGUAAAAACAAUGUUUCAACUCUUAAAAAUUACCCAGUAUUUUUGCAGGCUAUCAAACGAGGAAUCAAAAAAGUUCUCGUCAAAACCGACUCGAAUCUUCUCAUUCAAUCACUCGAUAAAUGGAUAUUAGGAUGGCGAAAAAAAGGAUGGAAAACGGCUGAUGGAAAACCUGUCAAAAAUCGAGAUCUGCUGGAAAAAAUUGACAAAUUGAGAGGAGAACUUGAGGUAUUUUUGUGGUGUUUUUGUUGCUGUUUUCACAAUAGUGUUUCUCGAUUCUAGGUUCAAUUCGAGCAUGUUCGCGGGCAUUGCGGAAUUGAUGGAAAUGAAAAAGCGGAUGAAUUGGCUAGAAAAGGUGCACAAAUGUAUACAAAAUUUUAG